AUGUUUGAACGUUUCAUUUUCAUUUGUGGUUAUUAUCUUAUUCUGUUCCACAUCGGUGGCAAUGAUCGAGAUUCUUUACCCACUGGUAGUUUAACGUCAAGUACUUUGUUCGAUUUUAGUAGAUCUCUUUACUAUAUUGGCUUGUACGGUGGUGAUAUCAAGCUUUUCUGA